UAUUGAUGACAUAUCAUUUAGUUUGCAUUACAUUCUUUAAUUAUCUCAACAAUUUUAUUUCAUAAUUUUUUGACAAGGAAAUAUUUUGAACUAGUCUAAUUUAUGUGGGGAGAAAUUCGAAUUCAUAUGAAAAAAACCUAGGCACACUUAUCUUUAGCCAACUUGCUUACGUCUGACAAUAUUUUUGGUAAUUAACCAAGUUUACAAUUCAAAGAAAACCCAGAAUAAUGAAAGUCGUUGCUAAUUAUUUUAGAGAGAGAGAGAGAGAGAGAGAGUGGAAGUCAGAUUGUGAGAGGAAGCUAAAGCUUACAUGAUCAGGUUUGUGAUCUCCAAGGCCAAUGUGGAAGGAUUGGGUGACUUAAAAGCUAAAGCCAGUUCCCCACUUGUUCCUACAGACUCUCUCUCUCUCUCUCUCUCUCUCUCUCUCUCUCUCUUAUCUCUUGUGUUCCCAAGCCCAUACAGCCCUCUGUGUCAAGCACUCUAUUUAAUAGUUAUACUCAGAGACUCUUCACAUUUUCCAACUCUUUGAGAAGUUAGCUUCUGAACUCUCUUAUUUUACACUUUUGAUCAGAAAACAAGCCAAACGCCAAGACACUUCUCCCACAUUUUCCUUUGUUUUCUCUGUCACUCUCUGCUCAAUUCAUACCAUUUCUUCACUUCUUCUGCUCUUCUACUCUUUCUCAAGGUUGAUUCCUCAACAUUACUAAAUUUUCCCCACCUGGGUUUUCGGUCUUUUCGAAUUUUCGUUCACCUUCGUGUUCUGAUUUUCGUUGCAGACAUGGGAGACGAAGAGAAAGGCGUCACGGAAGUUGAUCACCAAGAGAGCAAUGCAGAAGAAGAUAGAGACGCAAACGCAAGAUUGUUUCCGUGCCUCUUCUGUUCGAGAAAAUUUUACAGUUCUCAAGCCUUGGGAGGCCACCAAAACGCUCACAAGAAGGAAAGAACGGCUGCUAGGAAAGCUAAACGCGCUUCUAACCACGCUUUGUCUAUGAACUUCCCUAUACUAUCCCCUAACACACAACCUCACAUGGUUUUUGCUCCAAACCAUCAUUUAGGCCUCUUGCAUCCCUAUAUAACUGCUCAUGCAGCCAAUCUCCGAUACUUUCCAAAUCCUAACCAGUUCUCAUCAGACUGUUCCGGAUCCAACGGAGCACCAAAGUUUGAAAAUUCUAUGUACCAUGGCGGGAAUGGCCUGUCGUCGAGCAAUAACGUGAACGGUUAUCAGUGUGAGGAGGAUGAGCAAAGUUUCUUGAAUUGGCAGAGGAGCGUAAGAUACAAUGGAUUCAGUGGAGGAGGUUCAUCACAGCAGUCAUCAAAGGCGAAUGGGGAUCACAAUUCCGGGAUUGGUGGUGGUAGUAAGGGUAAAGAGCAAAAGCUUGAUCUUUCUCUCCAUUUGUAGAAAUACGGAGGGUGAAUAGUGUAGUUGCAUUUUUGGUAAUAAGCUUCUCUCUAGCUUUUACUUUCCAUUUUUGAGAUAUUGUAAUUGCCAAUUUAUCUUGACAUGAUUAGUUGGGAUAUAUUGCAUGAGAAAGAAUGGGCAUCCUACCUUAUUGUUAAAGCAUCCCUUAAUUUUAACCACAAAUUUUGACUCUCGCUUCAAUUGAAGCUUAAAUUUCCCCGCUCCUGGU